AUGUUCGCAGACAUUUCCAAACCACCUGCACCACUCCCAGCCUCACACCUCACGACGCUUAGAACCGGGGUGUCGCUGCUUCUUCCUCUCUCACGACGUGGCCAGGGUCCUGGAUUGAUCAUUUUGAAUUCAAAAUGUGAAGACCCUGCGGCAUUCUCAGGUGGAACACCUUCAUGCCUGCUUAAAUGGGCUGAGGAGGGAUAUGCCGUUGUCCAAUUGGAUUCAACUGCUUUUCAGGAUAGAGCUAGCGAGGACGUCCUACGAGAGGCUGCGCAAGCGCUGGACCAGUGUAUGAAAUGCGAGCCCAAAGGCAAACUUGGUUUAGUUUCCUACGAUCCCAGUCUCUGGGCCAUAGCAGCUCCGGGGCUGGCCAAGACUCCUGAUAUAAUUGCCAGCGUAGUCUACACUGAUAUCUCAAUGCUUGACGAGCUUCCGGUUGUUGAUAUCCCGGUACUGUAUCAUGUGACUGGACAACGCACAGAGUCUAAACAACAGUCAGGCAUCACUCAAUACCAUUACCCUUCAGUGAAGAGCCAUGCGUUUGCAACACCCACUCACGAGCACUUCCACUACGUCACUGAAUCCAUUUCGCACACGAGAAACCUUCAAUUUCUGAAGCCGCGCAUGGAUGGGCCAUAUUUUGACCUAGAACUAAUCUGGGAGGAGCACACGUAUUAUGAAUUUGCUGAUCGUUCUGUUGAGCAUACAAUGAGCACCAUGGUACAGGAACCAUACGUAAAUCACGUUCCUACGCUUACGGGUGGCAUUGGCCGUGAGAAGCUGACGAGUUUCUAUCGCCAUAAUUUCAUCUUUAACAAUUCCGCCGAUACAGACUUAGAACUCAUCAGCCGCACCCUUGGCAUCAACACUGUAGUUGAUGAAUUCAUCUUCAAGUUCACCCACGACCGGGAGAUUGACUGGCUCAUUCCUGGUAUCCCACCCACCAACCUCAAGGCCGAGAUUCCCUUCACUGCAGUCGUCAAUAUUCGUGGAGACAGGUUGUACCAUGAACAUAUUUCCUGGGACCAAGGCACGGUAUUGAAGCAGCUUGGGUUAAUGCCCGAGUAUCUGCCGUUCCCCUACAAAGUGGACAGCUCAAAGGGAGGUUCUUUUGAGUAUCGGGUACCGGUUGCUGGAAUCGAGGCGGCAGCUAAAAUGAGGGAUAGAAAUAGCGUACCGUCAAACGAAAUGUUCAAGUUUAGGGGGAGAGAAACCGAUUAG